AUGAGGUUUCUACCUCAUAUUCUCUUUUUGGCUGUUUUUGGCCUAGUGAACGGCUUCGAGAAUCUUGAUGUGAUUGAAUCGUGCCAGAAUGGAGGCUUCAAGGCCAGCGCCAACUUGUGUAAUUGCCCACCCUAUUUUUGAAGGUUUUUUUAUUGCUUGUUAAAGAAUCAAUGAACUUUGAAAAAAAGAGGCGAAAUCACCCAAAGUUUUUGAUUAUACGAAAGUAAAAACUGUCAAUAAAAUGCCUGAAUACCUUUUUAAGCUAGACAAAACAAAGUUUUUAGAAAGAAGUCCAUAUAAUCGUCUAGCCGGAAAAUUAAAUUAGAAGACAAAAAAUUUGAAUUUUACGUUUCAACAAGCUCCCUAACAUUGAAAUUAGGCGAGUGUAUUUCGAACAUAAAUAAAAAAAUUAUGAAAACAGAAGGAAAAAUGUACUGUGUACCGAAGAUUAUCAAAAAAAAGUGCUUCCUCAACAAAAAACUUUGAAAAAAAAUCCUUUUUUGAGCUCGAUUAUAAUAUUAAGCUCCGCCUAUAAAGGCGAGUUAAACCAAUCAGAGAGCGAGCCACCCACAGAGUUUUUUCGAAUGACGUCAUUGUAAUUGACAUUCAAAAUCUGAACAGACUAGGCUGAAAUUCGCCUCGAGACCUUUUCCGAUUAUUCUAUGCUUCUUGAAUCACCACAUGUAGAAUUCCAGAGUAUAAAAUAACUUAAUAACAUCUCAUAUAGAUAAAAGCCAAAAGUUCAAGAAAUAAUAUAGGAGAUGAUUGUUCGAAAAUCGCCUGUAUCAAUGGAGGAUUUGUCAAAGACGGCGAUAAAAUAUGUACCUGCCCCCCUGGCUACGCUGGAAUUCAUUGUGAAGCAGGUUUUAUUUUCAAGUUGCUGAACACUUAAAUGAAAAAGCUGUUUCUAGUUCAAACAGCAGCACCUUCCUGGAAUCCCGCGGCCAUUUCCAACACUUUCAACAUUAUCAAUUGCAAUAUGUUUACCUAUUAUUGGGGUCAGGAAACUUACAAAGUUGUUAAUACGGUGAGAUUUUAAAAGGAUCAAUAUGAAGUUUUGAAAUUGCACUCAUUUCAGGCUGUUGUCAACCAUCUAACAGCUUAUCCCGGUUUCUAUUCUAGUAACAUUUUCCUAGAAUCAAAUGACACUGAGUCUUUGGAUUCCAACGAUAACCCGCUAACCAACGGUAGUUUGAAACUCAAUUUAUAUGCACUCUAAAACAAAAAAAUUCAGUCGGAUUCGAUUAUACGGACGUUGGAACAUUGGGAGAACCAAAAGAAGACAAGUUCUAUUCGUGUUAUCAGUUGCCGAUCUAUCAACAAAUCGUACGAAUGGUUCGAGGUAUUUAAAUGCUCAAAAAUUUAAAAAAAGCUCUGAUAAAUACUCACAUUUAGAAAAGUCGCUGACUCAAACGACCAUCACGAUAAUCACGCAGCACCCACCAACCGAUGACCUGUUCGACAUCGCCAGGCAAACUGUGGCUGGAUAUCGUGUCAAAGUGAAAAUUUGCACAUAACUACACCUAAAAAUAGUACUAUUAUAGUUAUUUUAGUCAAAACGAAAUGAGAAAAAACAGAAAAAUAAAUUUCAGACUCGAAAAAAGGCAGCUUAACAUGAAAGUUCGCUCCAAUGAGGAAGCCGCCAAUUUGAAAUUUUUUUCCUUUUUAUUCUCAAAAACUAAUUUUUAUUUUUUCGUUGGCAGUUUUAAACUUCAAAUUUAUUUUCAGAUCAAUGUCGUCUUCAUCAGUGACGAAAUUUUUAUGGACUGCAGCGGUCAACAAGAUUCGGUUAUUUAUCGAAAAAGGGGAAAUUAAUUCGUUAUAUUUUUAGAUCGCCAAGAUGCGUAAAUUCGCACAAGGAACCGGUGGUAUUUUUGCUACUGUCAAGUUGGGAAGCACGAACUUGGACAAGGUUUCAGCUACAAACGUUAUCGAAGUUGAAAAAUAUGAUUUUCAGCUCCUUGAAGCGGUUUUCGCCAGCCAUGUGAAGUCACAAGUUGUUGCGGCAGGCAGCUGGGACACGUGCGAUGGAGCUGUUUCAACUCUGCAGUUCACACAGGACUCGUUAUUCAGCGCUAAUCAACAAUACUACUUCGUUUUUGAAGGAGGUAAAACCAAUUUCCUGGGACAACAAAUUCCAAAAAUGAACUUAAAGGGUUAAUUAAAUCAGAUUCAGCUUGAUGUUUCAGAUAACGUGAGGCCGGCGCCAAGCGUUAUAAGCGACUGCAACUUGAACCUCCAGCUCAAUUCGCUGUCCUUCGACAAGCGAGUCCGAACUUUCGCCACGAAUAUUUCCACGGCUUCUUGUCCUCUUCCUGUCAAUGCGGAUGGUCCUUGCACUGCUAAGGUUUAAAAAAAAUAAUAAUUGAUUUUAAUCGAAAAGAAAAAUAGUGAAAGUGAGGUAAGCAGUGGUUUAUUCGAGUUACAAGAAGUAUGUAAUUUGACGCGAAGGGGCGUGGCCUUUCUUCGCUCUUCAUCAAUUAGGCACUUUCUCGUUUUUUUUUUUUGUUGUGUCAGGACCCAUUUUUUGAUGAUUCAAGAAUACAGCAACGUAUAAGUCUUCAUUUCCCAUUUCUAUAUCCUUUCAAAUCUCAUUUUGGCCGGUCCAGUACACUGUAGGUUUAAAUUGUGCAUACACCAAAUGGGAAAAUGGCCUAGUAUGGGAACCGGACGGACCCCUGUAGGUCGGAUCUGGUAUGAAUGAUUUAUUUUCAAUAGUUCUGCACAUCUUGAACCCCUUUUCGACGCUUAGACGGUCAAUUUCAGGUGUUUGCUCCAGUGACAACCGGCCUGACACCUCAAGUGUACUUCUCCUUUGUUGAAGACGUCGUUCUUGACACUUCCAGAACUGCUCUAACCGAAAGUUGGUUUUUUUUUAAACUGUUCGAACCCCAAGAACUCGAGAAACAGUAAAGUAAUGAAAAAUUCAGAACAAACUCUCUACCCGGUCGUGCACGUCGACAGCAGCGCCACUGUGGGGAUUUUUGGCAAAGUUCCAGAAUUUCGGAAAUUUAUUUCAGACUCCACUGACCUCAGCGACCUUCCUCUCGUCUUCCUCCCCAACCAACUUGUUUUUGCAACAAAGGACGGCUUCUUUUGAAUGGGCUCCGGAUUCGAAUCAGGCAUUUCCGAAGAUUUUCUCGUCGAUUUCAUGAAUUUCGAUACAGAAUGCGACAAUUUGCGACGCGUCGAAACCAGCUUAUAUGAAACUUCAGUUUAGUGUCAACACGGUGGUGAUCCAAAGAUUCUAUAGGGUCCUCUGUUUUGAGGGUUUGUAUUCGUACUUUUUUUGAAAUUUUGGAAGAUUUUUUUAAUUUGUCUGUUUUUUUAUUCUUAAAGAUUCGAGUCUUUUUUUACCGUUUAGAUUUUUGAUAAAAAAAGACCACAUUCAAUUGAGCUAGUCCCAGGAGCACGAAAAUCGGAGGUUGAAAAAAAUAAAAUAAAAUUAUAAAAUAAAUAAGAGAAAUAUUGAUUGAAAAAAAUGAAAAGACAAAUUUAGUUGGAAAUUUCGGAGUUUUUAUGAAAUUAUUUCAAUAAAAUUAGUUUUAAACUUGGAAAGAAUGUCAACCUUUUUUGAUUUUUCUUAAGCAUUCAGAGUCUAGAAACUCCUGAAAUUGAUGAAUAUUAUUCGAUCUGAAAAUUCAAUAAUUUUUUUUUUCGAUUUUAUUCUGUAGUUUUUUUUUUGCUGGAUUAGUCACAUUUUUACAAUAAAAUUGUAAAUUUAGAAGAACUGGUUCAUUUUUCAAAAAAGUUAUAAUAUUUAUUCGAAAAAAUAAACCGAAAGGUGAAAUUUUAGCCAUGGUGCCAUUGUCUUCUUCCACAGUGGAAACUACCAUUGUGACGUCAACAGCGGCUCCCGUGACGUCACCAACUUCAACUAUGACGUCAACAACUCCUCUUCCGACAACAACAACUGUAGCUAUGACGUCAACUAGUUCCGAAUCGACGACGACAGGACCUGGCACGACUCCAAGUCCCAGUAAGCAGACGAAGAAAUUUCGAAACCAAAAAUAAGGGGGCGGAGUGAAAGUCCAUGACGUCACUUGGGAACGGCGAAGAAGUAAGAGCGUGAGCAACAGGGUAUAUUAAAGGCGCAGGCGGUAGCAUUAACUUGGGUCUUGAGAAGAAUCAAUUUUCUCGCCCAUGGACGCAAUUUUUCUGUGUGAGAGCGCCGAAGGGCUUACACAGGACACACGACACUUUACAGAAAAAUUAGGCAAGGCGCCGUCAAAAAAAAAACGCUGUGUAUAGUCUGUUUAGAUUUUGAAUUUCAAGUCUUUGCUGAAGCUCCGCCCCCUAAUGGCGCGAUAAACCAAUCAGAGAGCGAGCCAUCCACAGAGUGUUUUUGAAUGACGUCAUUGCACUUGACAUUAAAAAUCUGAACAGACUAUAAUGAAGAGCGCUAGCCUUGAAUGAGCUAUUCACAGAAAAGAUCAGAAACUGCCAAAGAGAAAGAAAAUUUUGGUAAAUUUUUGCACGAAAACACUCUGAAUUCCGCUUCCGUAGUUUCCUGAUUCAAAAGAUGUCCAUUUUUUGCAGCCUGCGCCCCGCUUUUCGGGCCAGCCAAGGACAAAACCUUCAGUUUCGCCUACGCGACCGACGUCGCCGUCACGACGUUCAAACUCGCCGCCGGAUUCAUUUCCAACUUUGUCGAACCCUCGCCUUUCAAAAAUUUCGGAUUACUUCGUUUCGACGCCAAUGAUGGAGAGGUCUACAACGUCUCCACUGAUACGGGGUUCAUUUACUUUUUUUCUUUAGAGCAGUUUGAAAAAAACACUUAUAGCCCAUCCCGCGUAAAAUUAUUAUUUUUUCUGAAAAAUACCGUAUGCCGAAAUGGGUGCACUCCGUUUUAAAACCCUUUUUGCCGUUUUUUUAAUAAUUUUUUCAGAGAAAAGGGCAAAUUCUGUUUUGUAUCAAUCAAAUCACUUUUGUGAUGAAAAAAAUAAAUUUUAUUAUUUUUUUCAGAAUUUUUUUCAUUUUUUUCUUCUCAAACUCAGAAUCUAAUAAUUCUCUUCUUCAACAUUUUUCAAGAGAUGAAGCUCUUUUUCAACUUUUUUUUUCGAGUUUUCUCCUAUUGAAACGUUUCCUUUCUAUUUUCUCCCAAAAUAUAUUUUCUUCUUCAAAAUCAAUAUUGGAAUCCGAAUCCAGAGCCUACGGAUCGGCCCUUCAAACAACGUAUUCGGUCAACGCGACGAUCGCGAGAACGGACCUAACUUCAGAUGUUAUCACGCAAAUUACUGUAAGCACUUUGGACACCCUGGAAUAUAUAAAAGAACGAUUUGAGACGAAAAUAACGAAGAAUAUGACGGAAAACUCGGCGUUAUUCGUUUUCAUCAAUCGUCUACCCAAAACAACGGAGACAUUCGACAGCUCGGACUACACGAAUCGAAAUAUCAAAGUUGGUUUUGUAAAUUUUGAAGUUUUUUGAUGAUUUUACACGGCUUUUUUGUUAGUGGAAGGAAAUGUGAAACCAAAAACAGGGUGUGCCGCCGUUCCCACGUGACGUCAUGGCAAGUAUUUCGGCUCUAAGAGCGUAAAAAACAGGGCAUAUUAAAGGCGCAGGUCGCCGCAUUGCCAGAAGUCUUUAAGACGAAUCGAAAUCUCUCUACAUAAACGCAAUUUUCUGCGCGAAAGCGGCGCAGUGCAUGCACAUGACACGACACUUUACGGAGAAAAAGGGGGCGUGGCGUCGUUGAAAAACGCCGUGUUUAAUAGAGUUUCAGAGGCUUUUGAUAGCUUUAUUCAUUCCAAAACCUUACAAAACUUAACUUUUAAUUUUUUUUUUGUCGCUAUAACUUCGCUUACAAGGAUUAGAAAUGAAAUAUUUAAGUUCAAAGAAACUUCACUUAAUCAUUCAUGCGUAGAUUUUUUUCAAUUUAAAAAUAAAAAUUUAGAGAAAUCUUAUCGUUUUUUUACGAGAUAAGGACAUCUGAUUAGGAAAGUUGCUUCAAUAUAAUCAAAUAACCAAGAUUUAAAGUUCUAAAUGAAAAAUUUGGGCGCAGGCUUGUUCUGCGCCAUUUGGUUUUAGGCUGAGUUGAAAAAAAAAUAAGCGUUAUGAUAGCUUUUUCUCUAUUUUGAAGAUAUUGUAGAAAACGAUUUUUAGGAUUUUUUGAAAAAAAAACCGAAUAUCCACACUCGGCUAUGGAUACGGUAGCUCAAAUGAUUACGGUAAAAAGCUUCGAAAGUCUAUAUCUCGGCAACAAAUUAAUGAAUCUCAAUCAAAGUUUGUCACAAGGUGCAAAAUAACUUUAUUCAAAUCUUAAAAAUCUAAAAUCUCAUUUUUACUAGUUAUUGCUCAUAUUAGAGAUUUUUCCCGACGGGUCUGCCCUAAUUAAGCCCGUAUUUCUUGAGUUCAUUUGAGAAAAAACAGCCGUGAAAAUCUGAGACACAACUGAGCUAAAACGGUCUUCAGCUGGAUAGACAGGGCCAAAAGUUCUACCAGCCCUGACUUUACGUUUGGUUCCCCUCAUCAGCAUGAGAGGAUCAGAAAAUAAAGAUUUGACCUGGAUUUCAAAGCUGUGGAAGUUCAGAUCUUCACGAUGAUCAGUUCGGCGGCCCUGAAUGAGCAGAAAGACUCGCUCGGUCCGUCGAGUGGAAAUGUCUUCGACCUGAUGGCCGCCCUCACCAACGGCCACCAUAUCGUCGCCGACGAUUCCAUCACCUUUGACAGUCAAGGAAAUCCCACCUCCACACAUUUCCAGGUCUGCUGAAGUCGGUUUUGGAAAAUUCGCCAUGUCACCUUGUUUCUUAAAGGCAUAGGGGCAGUAAAAACGGGGUUUCAGGUGAAAGCAGUAUCUUAUAUAGUUUUUCAUUGCGAAUCGAACUGAGUACUCAAAAAAAAUUACAGAUGUGACCAAUUUUGAAAAAAAAAGCGAUUUUACUUUCCCGCCUUUAAUUUUGAAAAAAGCUUUGGAUCGGUAUGCAGAAUUGUUUACGGUAGCCGUGCACGCGAUGUUGCGGACGUCUCAUUAGACUCGCAUUUUGUGAGAAAUAACCGGAAAUCUGCUUCAAAUCAAGGGUUUCUUUUUUGAAAAAUCGAUUAAGAAAACAAAAAACACACAACGAAACACAAAUAAUCGCAAUCCCAAUCGAAACCUGUGUAAAAUCAUCAUUUUUCACCAGAGAAGCAUUUUCGCGAUCAAAGUUUGCAAAUUAUACAUGAAUAGAAAGCUUUUGUGACGAAAAGAACUUUAGUGACAACAGAAAAAAUUGAAAAUUGAAAGAAACGAAGAAAAAAGCGAAAAUCCGGAAUAUGGCGAAGCCUGUUGUCCAUAGAGCAACUUUACUGCGAAGCGCCCUUUUCGCGGGAAAUCAAACUUUCUUUUCUCCGACUUUGAGUGAUUUUUUUCUCCAAAACUAGGAACUCCUGUACAUUUCCAAGUUCAGCGUUAGAUUCGCAAUUAAAAACUCUACAAAGUACUGAUUUGAACUGAAACACCGUUUUUUACUGCCUUUGCCUUUAAAUUUCUGAAAACUACAUAUUUUCGCUUAGGGACACUAAAUAAGCAGCUCUAAACUCAAAAAUAACGCUUCAAAAUUUAAAAAAAGGAGCCUUACUUAGAAAUUCCCAGAGUGGUCACUAGAGCGGCAGCCUUAAUUUUGUAGGCCUUACCUUCACCUUUAGACACUGAAGCUUGCAAAAGUUGUAACCCUCUAGGGAGCGCUAUUUUGUCUACUGUGUGGGACUUUCUCCUCAACCACUAUAGUGACCACUUUGACAUUCUUGAGUAGCGACUACUUACUCAGUAUUUGAGGAGAGAUGUGAAAAUUUCAGAAAAAUAAAUGAAUCUUGAAAUUGUUUCGAGUGUCUGCGUCUCUCUGUUCCCUCACCGACGAGGUCAGAGAAACAUGGAAAUAGCACGUUAACAUGAGAGACACGCCGAGAGAUAAGGAGGACGCAGAGAAAAACAACAGUUUCAAGUCACCAAAAACGGAAUAUAGAAAAGGAAAUGUAGGAAACUAGGCAUAUACAGAUCUUCCAAACGCUCCUGAACGACGCAGCCAGCCAGGAGCUGAUGUUCAGCCGCAACGUCCUCGGUAAACGCGCCGCCCUGGGAGUCGUCCAACUCGGUCAGAUCGAUCUGACCGCCUUCCAAGGCAACGUCGACGUCGUCGUCACCGCCACCGUCGCUGUUGAUGAUCGUCAGUUGGUUCUGGAAUAUGUGUAGGGACCGCAAAGCCACGCCCCUUUUCGCGAUAGAAAAAGUGGCUUUUUUUUGGUUUUCAACUUUCAUUUUGUUGUAGUUGUAAAAUAUGUGGAACUGGCGAAUAAAAUUUGACACACAUGUACAGAAAAAGCUUCCUCUUUCGUUUAAAAAAAUAUUUCACGCUUUUUUUGAUGCGUUCUCGCGGAAUGUCGUACAAAAAAACGUGAAUGGAACUAAAAAAAUUUUGUCGUUUUUUUGCUUUUUUUCAUGUGUUUUUUUAGGUCGAACGCACUCUUUCUUUUUUUAAAUAAUGAUUUUUGAUUCAAGUAACGGUAAUUUUAAAAACAAUAAAAUAAAAAAAUUCGUCUUUGCCAAAAAAAUUUUUAGGGAGCGCCGAAAGUCAUAAUUCAAAAAUAUCGUUAAUAAGCGAAUAUAAUCGAGUUUUUUUGUUUUUUUCAAAAUUUAGACCAUGGUCUUACUUAAAUUUUUUUCUCCACAGCACCUGUGCUUGAAAAAAAGUUGUUUAAUACGCAAAAAAAUGCUCUUGAAACUAGAGAAAAAAAUUAGCGGCGUUUAUCACACAGAAAGCGGUCGAACGCAGGUUUUUUUCAAAUGAUUAUAUACAUUUAUUAGUAAAAAAAUCUUUCAAUUAAAAAGAAUAAAAUAAAAAAUUCGUCUUUGCCAAAAAUUUACGGGGCCGUUUUAAUGCAGCGAUCGUUAAACGAGGCAAAAAGCACUAAAAAAACAGUUUUUUCGAAGUGAAUUUCCACGAAACGUUUGAGUAAAGAUUUGCGAACAUAUUCUGAUAAAAAUAGCUAAAUUACUUCAAGUUUUUAUUUUUGAAAUAGGCAAUCUGUGCUAUUCAAACGGCUCAAGGGUAUGGCGGAUGGAAGCUCCCCGCGUUGGACCUAACAGCUUGGCGCAACGCGUGCGCUCCGAUUUUUACAUUUUGAGGUCGCGAGUUCGAUGCCCGCAAGCGCCAGUUUUUCUGUUUUCUGGAAAAAUACCGACUUUUUUUCGGCAAACUAGCUGAUGAGCAUCAUUUUCAGCACUCUAUUAUGAUUUGUUACAUCAUAAUAGACCAGUAUCAAAACUUGUUCUAGAAGAAAAAAAUCGAGAAAAAAAUGUCAAAAAAAUGGAUAAUACCAAAUUUUUCAGUACUAAAAAAACAUGGUGCGCGGCGCGCCACCUUUUCCGUCAUAACUUUUUUUCAUCCUCAAUCUUUUUUUGAAAAAAACUAAACGGUUCUGAGUUUUGAAUCGAAACAGCUAUCGAACCAUACAAAGCUCAAUGCUGAAAAAGUUUUUUUGAAAAUUCGUCUGCGGUCCCUAAAUAUGUGGAUGAAAAAAGUUUACUAAACAAAAAUUGAAGCUUUGAAAGAUAGAGACCUUUUUUUGAGGGAGUUUUCUUUAAAAUGAAAAUUGGCUAAUAGAAACGGAAAAGAGGUAUUUUCGGAUUUCAGCUGUUCAAAAUUUCAUGUUCUAAUGUAGGACGAGUUCAGGGAAAACGGUUUCUUUGAAGCGCGCCCGACCCGAAACGACUUGCGCUCUUUACCAUCAGAAAUUAUAAUUAAUGUAGGAGUCUCUGCAUUCAAUAAAAAAACUGCUUCACAUUUUUUAAAAUUAUUCGAUGUGUUUGAACUUUUAUAAGGAAACGCCCGAAAAGUUAAUAAGUAAUAAAAAAAAACUAUUUAGUGGGUUAGAAAGCUGGUGGGCCAUCAAAAACGGGUCCUGACACGAUAAUAAAGAGAUAGUGACUGGUUUUUGGAGAGCGCAGUCAGGCCAUGCCCCCCUGAGAUAGUCGUGAAUCGGCUAUAAGAAUUGAUCCUUCAGGUUUUUGAGCAAGGAAAAUUUGAAGAAUUACAAAAAACGACAAAGUUUUAUUCAACAAAAAAAUCCUCAAUUUAGAACUGUCCCCCCUGAUUCCAUCGAUAAUGACUCUGGGAAUCAGCGGAACGCCGAGAGUUUUGAUCAAUUUGCUUCAAGGAAAUCUGGUAUGAAACUGUAAUUUCGAACCAUUUUCUUCCACAUUUUUCUAGGGUCAAUCCAACUUUUUCGUGAGAAGAAUAACUUUGGCCGGUGGCAGUUUGCACACAACCGUUCUGCAACUCCAACCAGCCUCAAAUGGCCAAUUUCCAGACGUUCUAAUUCGAAUUUGGGUCAAAAGGUUCAGUUUUCCAUUUCAUACUUGGAAAGAGAUAGUUCCAAGCAAGAAGAUAUAAAAAAUCGAGAAAAAUGUACAUUUGAAGCAGCUUGCUUUGAGAAUUCAUAUGGAGAUGUUGCCGACUUUUUGACUUGACAUUUUUCGAAUUUUUUAAUUUCGAGAAAGAACUCCUUUCAGACAAUGAUAAGAUUAAUUUUCUUGAUUUCAAACAUUAUGAGAAAAUGUGAUAAAUUAGCUCAAGAAUGUGGAUUAUCAAAUUUUUUUUUGGAAAUAAAGGUCUAGAAACACAAAAAUUCGGUCAGAUUACCUUCUAGGUAUCACUCAAAGAUUAUUUUAUCCCAUAUUGAAUUUUUUUAAUUGAUUUGAGACAUGAAUUUAUUUUAAAGCCGAAAUUGCGUCCUGUGAUUUGGAAAAAAAUCGAACUAAAAAUUUAUAAACUCAAAAAGAACAGUGGAAAGUAUGACAUUUGUCAAAAAAAUUUUUUUCAUAACAAAUUUUCAUUCUAAAAAUCUUGAACUUCAAUAAAAUAGCAAAGAUUUUUUUCUCAAUUUCAAAGUGAAAUUUGAAGAUCGGCUGUUGAGAGUUCCGCCAGUUAUGUUGAUUUGCAAGGAAACGACGUUUCGAAUCCGGACGAUGGUCAGUUUCCAAACUAAAGUAUUCAUUUUAUGAAUGGAAAAAUUCAGUAAAUGGAGCCGCGUUGCGUCUUUUGCUCCAAGGAGGCAAUCUGAAUACGGUAGGUUUCAAAUCUUGCAAAAAAAAAAAAUCUACAGAAGUUUCUUAUAAUCACCAUGAUCAAGAAACUGAGUUCAGAGAAAAAAAAACCAAUUGAAGGACUCGAAAAAGAAGAAAGAAAAUUUGUAACAUGUUUCAUGUAGCUAAACUUUGAGAAAAAAUGUAUUUCUAGGCCAUUUUUCAAAUCUCAAAAUGUGCUGAAAGUUGUGGGUGCUUGAAUUGGAAAAAAAAUAUUCGGCCAGUUAAAUCUGGCUUCACUUUUAUAGUCUGUGUACCAUUGACUUCAAAAUUACGCGAGUUUCACAAUAACCGUCAGAGAAUGAAAAAGAUAACUGGUUUUUGGAGAGUCAGGGAUAAAAUUUUGUUCUCCGGAAACAAUCCAGCUAGCUAAAUUCGGAUCCAUUUGUAUGUUUUCUUCAAGAAUUUUAAAAUAUUUUGAGGAAAAAAUGACUUUCUAGACGACGAUCCGGAUCUCAAACUGUGCCGGAAGUUCUGGAACAAAGUACGACGCUAACCAGUUAGCCAUCCUUCCACAGCCUGGUUUUCCAAAAAAUAGGAGUUCAAAGAAAAAUAUGUGUCAGGAGCAAGUUCGAAUUGUGAGAACGACUACUUCUUUGCCCCGUACUUUUGCGACAGCAACGUUGGAACGGACUGUCUUCCUGGAACGGCCGGAAAGUAUGAUGUGCAGGUAUGGGCGGGAAGUUACGGUAGAAUAUCAUCAUUAGGCGUAGAAAAGUCUGAGAGAGGGAGGUUGAAAAGAGCCUUCAGAAAUUUGGCUGUUCUUUCAGAAUAUUGGUUUGUGUAGGUUCUAAUAUCCUCCGAGAAUUCAAAAGCUAGGAACAAGAGCGGCCUGAAGAGACGCCAGAGAAAGAGAAACUUAUAGUUAGGGACCCCAGAUCUAUUUUUCGAACUCAAGCUAGCUUCUCUUUUUUGUUAUAAAAAUCAUGACUUUAACAUGUAGUAUGCGAAAACAGAAAAGAAAACGAAAAAUAUUAAGAAUAAGAGGAGAAAAAAUUAUUUAAAAAUAAUCGAAAAGCAAAUUUUUUUGCACUGAAAAUUUGGUUUUGCAAAUUCUCAUGCAAUCGGCGCGCGCUCUUAUUUUCAAGGGCGGCACGGUUUCAUGAGCCAAAGUGGAAGGUUUUACGAGCUUUAAUUCCAAUUUACCAUCACUUUCGUCUCAGUGAGUGCACAACUACAGCCUACAGUGCUCUUUGAGCAUCAUGAAAAUGUAAAUUCGCCAAGUUUGAUUCACCUUUUUUGUUGAGAAAAUUUCUUCGGCGACCUUGAAUUUUCGAUUUUAUUGCUUUAUUUGUUAGAAAAUUAAAAACUCUCAUAAAUCGCGAAAAGGGGCGGGGCUUUGCGGUUGCUACUUAUAAUUUUUUGACGUCUUUCGAGACUGUUAACAAAAUCAGUAGGGUUUUGUUGGUUCUACUCGUAAAACCAUGAAGAAAUCUGAUUCAGAUCGUCUCGCAGAACUUUUCGAUGAGCCGCUCUUUCACCUGCAGCAAGUCCGCUACACCUGCCACCUGUGCUCAGAAAGACCAAUUGGGAAAUAACGAAUGCCCCGGCGAUCCGCCAUACAAACAUGGUCUCUUACCAGCAAGAAAUAUGGAAAAUUGAGUCAAAUUGAAGGCCCAACUGGACAGGUUAUCGACUGCUCGGGCAAUGGCCAACUGCUAUUCCAGUCUCAAGAUGGAACGACCCCGGACGAUUACGCAAAUCAGUACAUUUGCAAGUGCGAUCCCGGCUUCACUGGGCUGUCUUGUGAAGUCGGUGAGUAGAGGAGAAAUCAAAGGCAUUUCGGCUCCAAGAAAACCCUUAUGGGGUUGAUAUUGUAUGAUGGAACUCUUUGACACGAUUCCGAAUAUCUACUUGAAAUUUUGCAAAACUUUCUAGUUUUCAAGGAAAAUGCGUUCAAAGGGUAGGUCGUAGAUCAUUUCCGCUCUGCGCAGGUGUAUACAGGCCACUCAGUUUUAAGAUAAUAUAAAAUUAGUAUUUGAUUUUUUUCCUAAAAACUUUACUGUUUAUCUCUUUUUUUCGUAACUAAAAAAAGUUGAACAAAACAUAAGAAGCCGGGCGACCCGGUCUUUGGGUCUUCAUGAAAAAAAGCCUGCGCGAGCUUGGGCCAGGCCGGGCUUCGAAAAAUCGUUUAUUUCAUUACAAAAACUUUCCCCGAACAUUUUUUCUACAUGUUGAAUCAUAGUUUCUAAUAACCCUAUGAGAAAAAAUAAGCAAAAACCCCACUUUUCUCGUUUAAAAAGCGAAAAAUCCAAAAUGAAGAAAGUUUGAGCUUUUUGGGCCGGGCCGGCCAUUUUUGCUUGAAGCCCUUUUAAGGCCGGGCUUGGGAAAUGUCCGGGGGGUCGAUAGGCUGACGGGCCGGCCCUCGCACAAGCCUGGGUAAGAGAAAAGCCUCUUGAAGUUGAGGCAUUUGCGCUCCAUUAAGAUAGAAUACAUUUUUUUUUGAUUCAGUCGUGAAACUCGAAAAUUCGAGCCUGUCAGGGGUAAAUUUCGGUUUGAAAACACUCAUUUAUGUCUUUUCCUUUGCCUGACAGCUUUACAGUCGCUAAAUUCAAUUUUGAUUUUUUUUUUUCAAGGUUGAAUUCACUUUGCGGCCUAUCGAAGAAUACUUCUUGAUGCCAGUCGCAACCCUAAAGAGCUCACUUGAAUCUGAGGUUUAGGAGUAUACAUAAUAAAGUUUUACAACAGUGGAGUUUGGCAAUAAAUAGAUAUAAAAAACCCGUUUAAAGGUUGAUUUACCAGUAAGUUUUCAAAUACCUAGGCUGGUGAAUGAACAAAAAUUCGGGAGGGAGUUCAUUCCGUUUAGACUUUCAGAAUCUCGAAUAAAUAACUGAUCUGGCCUAGUUCCGAGAAAUUCACCAACUUGAAGUACACUGGUCAAUCGGCGUACCCUCAAAAAUAGCUAAAGGAGUCCACUUUCAAGCUCAUCGGGAUUUGCGUGCGGUCAAUCAAUAAAUAGCAUAUAGAGGCUAACUUUCUGCUUUUGUCUGUGUGCAUUCCGAUACUAUCCCUAUGCCAUUUGAGAGUGCUGACGAAGCUUUAGAAGUAUGCUGCCGAACAGCACCCUUACCGCGUAUCCUAUUUAUUGAAUGACGAUGUGGAUACCGAUUGACCCUCAUAGAAAGAAAAAAACCCUUCUCAUCCAGUUUUUUGAGGCGUCUGCGACAAACCGAACACGGAUCCGCUGAACAUUGACAGCACCUACAGGACGUAUACUGUGGUGCUGGCGUCGAAUGAAAUAAAUGCGUCGCCGCUUGCUCAGCUCCCAGACUCUGGCAGCCUUUUCGGACUCGCUGGAGCUUCUCAAAACCUGGACAACAUUUGGAAAUACCAAUUGAUUGUCUAUUGCAAUGAUGGAAGUGGUGAGUUGAGAACGGACUAUGGUCCGUUCAGAUUUUGAAUGUCAAGUUCAAUGACGUCAUUCUAAAAGGCUCUGAGGAUGGCUGGUUAUGUGAUUGGUUUAUCGCGCCAUGAGAGGCGGAGCUUUAGCGAUGUCUUGACACUCAAAACCUAAACAGCCUAUUACCUUAAUUUUUCCGUUUUGAAAGGACAGGGACGAGAAAAGUAGUAUAAGUGGCUCUAGAAGAACAGUGACAAAAGUUCUCAAAAAAGAAAAGCUCAAAUUUUUCUCAGAUAUUGUUGUUAGGGCUUAGGAUUCUACAGCCCAUUCCGCGCCAAUUCGUCGCGGUUUUCAUUUGCCACCCCUUCGAAAAGCUUGUCUCUCUGCAUGAGCCUUUAAUAUAACGGAAAAUUUUGUCUAAAUCGAAGGGAAGCUUCCCAAAAGGGUUCUGUAGCUCGGAGGAAAGGAUUGAAAGAUCACGAAGUUUGAAAAAGCUUUUUAGACUGUUCAAGAUUAAUUUUCUCACUCUAGUCUAGCGAAUGUUUCAGCUCUAUGCUGUUAGUUGCAUUUUUCAAAGUAUUUUAUGUCAUAUCUUAUAAGGUUUCCACAGUAUAGCAUUGAAAAACUUGAACGGAAACAUGGAGAAAAGGGCUUUUUUGGACCGGAAAAACCUCAUCAUACCUGUCUUAAGCCAUUUAUUUUUCAAGGUAAUCCAAUCGAAAUACUUUUCCAGUGAACGUAAUUUACUCCGGAAGCAGCCGUAGCGAUUUCACCAACGCGUUCGACGUCGGAAGCGCGGCUUGCAAUCCAUCUAACGACCAAAUCGACCUCACUACGAUGUUCCAAGUUGCGGCCAACGGAGUCGGCCGGAAUGUUCGCGGAAUCAUCGUAUUCUACACGGAAGAACCCGCGAUUCUGAACGUCACCCUGAACAACUUCUUGAAGAUCUCGCAGCAGUACCAGCAGCAGGUCGAAAGUUGCUCUAUUCUUCAUUUUACUCGGGGCAGGACUGUUUACAAAGGUCAAUCGGGGUAUGCACUUCGUCAGUCGAUAAAUAGGAUACUCUGUGAGAGUGCUAUCCGGCAGCAUACUUCUAAAGCUUCCUCAGUACUCUCAAGUCCAGCUAGUAUAGGGAUAGUGUCGGAGGGCACAUAAAUGGUUUUGACAGAGCAGAAAUUGAGCCUCUGUAAGCUAUUUAUUGAUUGACCGCGUGCAAGUUUUUAUUUUGCAAGUGCACACUGUUAGCUGUUUCUGUGGAUACCAGUGGAGAACAUUGUCUUAAUAACAACAGUGUUUCGAACAGAGGUGGAAGAAAUGAGGGGCCCUCCAGGGCGCAACAUGCCCGCCUCAGCCAUCAAGCCUCUGAGAAGAAAUGAGCCGCGUCAUUAUGUGUCGAUGGCGUGUAAUACCACAUUGCAAAAGUUGGGCGAAAAUUGUCAUUUUUGUUCAUUUUUCAUUAAAUCGUGGAUUUUGCAAUUUUUAGUUAUAUUUGUUCUUUUCUUUAGGCGAAAUGUUCCAGAUUUAUGGUUACGAACCCGCUGACUAGUGAGAGAAUAAAUUUCCGUCGCCACCAAAUUGGAAAUUCAAAAACCUUGUUUUAAAGCUUCGAAAACAACAAUUUUACAAGAUUUUAGAAGAUUCCGAUUUUUGCGCGUUCUUUUCCUUCCAAUGGCGUUUUUUUGCCAUCGCGGUUUUGGCCCAGGGCGCCCUGGGCAGCGACUUAUCAAGAAAUGGCCAUGGCGGCCUACGUCGGUUUAGAAAUGUAAACGUUUGAAAACGCUUAGGGGCGCCAUUUCUCCACCUCUGGUUUCGAAGAUGUAGAAAAGGAGAAAUUCAAAAAAAAAACCUACGGGGAGCAACUUUAGUGACCACUUGAGUGGUUCCUCAAAAACUACUUGGAGAGGAAACUUAAACCACCUUUAUACAAGCCAUUAUUUUUCCCUAUAGCGGUCGAUAUAGGUGUUAAAGGGAUCUAGUAAGACUAUUUGGACUCCUAAAAAGUUCAUUAUUUUCUAGCCGCUAAAGUGAACACAUUUUCGACUGCUAUAGAGACCACUUUUCAAUUUAUUCAGUCUUCAGAGUAAGACGAAGAAAAUCUCUGCUGAAUCAUGGUAUAAUCGAAGAGUUAGUCGUCGGCGCGGGUAACGAUCCACAAUAGUUGUGCAAUAAGUCCCGGCGUGACAGCUAGUGUUGGGAGAUAAUGUGGAGACCACUGAAACGUCAAAACCCUAAAGUGGUCAUUGAAAAUUCCCCCAGUGGGUUAUGGUCCGUUUUUGACAAUUAGCCUUUUUUUUUGUGGAAAAGAACAUUUGGAAAAAAAAAAGUCGAGCAGAAAAGUGAGAAUUAAAAAAGAGGAAAUAGGGACGGAUAAAUCAUAAGUGGUCACUUUAGGGUUUUCUACUUGGAGUCUCACAAGAAGAGUCGUAUUAAAAAAAAAAGUUCUAACGAAAAAACUGAUUUUGUAAUUUCUCAAGUGGCGACUUGAUCGGUUGAGUGUUUCUUUGUAAAAAUUUGGUCAUGGAAGGUGUAAGACCCCCUUUUUGCUUUUCGAGCUUUUGAAGUGAACGUUUUGAUUACAUUCAAUAGUUUUCCUCAUUUUUGAGCAAAGAUGUGACUUUUGAACAUUUCUUGUAUUUUCAUGACGUUCUAGCGACCUUUCGCGUUAAUUUAUGAACUUGGAUUCUGAAUAAUCUCUCGAAAAAAAUUACGUUCAAUUUCACAGUGAGCAGAGGCAGUUGUUUGGCUUGGAAAACUUGGAUGUAGUCUCAAUAAAAGAAGAUGAUAAUUCAGAUCUUCGUUUUCACGGCCGGCGACGCGGCAACAGAUCUUCCAACGGAUAUUCGCUUGGCUGCGCUUUCCACCGGAGGAGUUGUCAUGCAGUCCGAACUGGGUUCCAUUUACCCUGUCGGUGAUAAAACGGUGAUUAUUGUGAUAUUUCCGGGCUUUUCAACGCAUUGAAAUGUUUAGUUCAUCCCUGAAAUGUUGUCCAGCUCGGUCUCCACUUCUUUCAUCAGUAAUACGAUGCAAGCCAGUUUCGAUGUAACUAUUGACCAGCCGUCGUGGCUCCUCGUCGGAAACGUCCUCCAGACCAGCAUUUUGAUCGGUUUGAAUCUUCUCGAGGCUCAAAAAGAAAGCUGGGAAAAUCUUCGCUCACAACUGUCUCCAAGAACCUAACUAUUGCCACCAAAACAACUCAAUGAAUUUUUUUGAAAGGAAAGUAUCGGAUUAAUCGAUCAAAUUUUUUUAAAUACGUUUUUCUAAUUUUCAAGACUUUUUUUUUCGCCCCCAGCCCCUCUAGGAACCACUCCGCCUUCGAGAAAAAGUUUCUUUCAGACGGCGCUCCUCCUCCGACCACUUGCACCCUGGUUUCAUCCAACAAAAUUUUGAUGUGCAAAUUGACGACGGUCAACAAAAAGCACACGAUUUCCACCCAAGGAGCCCAUUCGACGACGUGGACUGCCGUCGUCUACACACUUAACGGCGUGACUCCCGUCGCGAAAAUCGUCGCUCUGAUGUCCGAUGACAGUUCUACGGCUGUCUCCACCACUGUUGGAGGUCAGGAAUGGGCAGACCAUUUUAAAGUCAUGGGAGCAGUAAAAAAUGCGGUUUCGGUGAAAGCAGUACCUUGUAAAGGUUUUCAGGGCGAAUCGAAAAUCACAUACAUAGAUGAAUAUUUUAAAGGAAUCUCGUUUUUGUUUUCCCGGAGUAAGGCGAAAGUGUCAAGUUACGGUACCCAAAGUUUACGGUAACAAAAUUCAUUGUUAAAGUCUGUUCUUCUGCUCAUUUUCCUGGGUUUCGAGCCAGUCGCAAACAUAUUAUGAGGAUUCUCCAUUUCGGACUUUUUCAGCUGGCGGCACUUUGGCUGUUCACGUCCCAGAAGGCUACACUCUAGCCGCCAAUUCUGAUUUCCGAGUCGCUCAAAGACAAAAUUGCCUCCUCAGCUUCACCGCGUACAAUGUAUUCCAACCGUUCCCCGUCGGUCCCAACUUUGUUCCGGUUUCUCGAUAAUUUCGUCUUGAUUUACCUUUUGAUCGAUUUUCAGGUAACCCUGAAGAAAGGUGCGACCACGCUGACCAGGUAUUUCGUUGUGGCGACGUCAUCGGAAAAUAGUAAGCGAUUUUCAAGGAAUUAUAAAAUUUCUUUGAAGUAUCGAGUCAAAGUUUGAGCGAUGCAAACCGUCCUUUAUUAGGAACAGCAAGCUAAAAUGAGUUUCAAAGCAAUAAAGGAAAGAAAAAAUGAACUAAUUGAACAGAAAAUAUAUCUAGCACAUCCCUUUUGAGUCUAAAAGAUCGAACGUUUCAGCUGAUUCCUCCUUAGAUCGUUUUUGUCGUGGAACUUUUGAAAGAAUACUCUGAAAAGCCCCAUUCCUCGAGUUUCAGUUUGUAAAAACGGAGGAACGCCUCUGCCUUUGGCUGGAAACUGUCUCUGUCCCGACGGUUUCAGCGGUCCGGACUGCUCACAAAUCCAUUGUGUUUAUGGAAAACCAAACGCUUGGAAUGACGCUUGCAAUUGCGAAAACGCCUUUGGAAGAUCCUGCUCCAGUGAGUUCAUCAAUCAAAAAACCGCAAAAAAGCGUCGUUUCCAGGUACAGCUUCGUUCGCCUGGUACUGAUCUUCUCUUUCCUCGCAAUUUCAAUAAAAAUUUUUCACAUUUCAACGCACACAAAACAAUAAGCAAAAAAAUUUCGACCACGGCAGGAUUCGAACCUGCAAUCUUCUGCUCCGUAGGCAGACGCGUUAUCCAUUGCGCCACGCGGCCAGGUGACUCGGAGACUGUCGAUUUUCCACAUGUUGCCACACGAGAGUGCUGUUGAGAUGAAGGUGAUUUACAGAGACGCUAGGUUUGAUUUUCACUUGAAGCUCCAUUUGGACGUUUUUAUUGUUAUAUUAAAUUGAAUCUCUAUUAUGCUUGAAAGUCAUAGAAACCUUUGAAAAGAGCUUUGGGUACAUAUCUAGGACGUCAAACAUCAAUGAUCGCACAUGAGAAGCGAGAAAAAUGCUCUUGCAAACAGGAUUAGUUCCUCUUGGCCUGCAUUCAAUGAUAUAUUUUUCUUUUUUCCAAGAUUUCUUCCUUUUUGGCUUUUUGUAGGCUCAAUAUUCCUUUUUUAACUGUAUCGAAAGUUGAUUUUUCAUGUCAUGAGGUUGGAAAACGCGGCGAAAACUCUGUCUUUUUUAGAUUAUUUCAAAAGGCCGCAAUAGCUCCUGGCUUCAAAAGAAGAGUUUUGAUAAAAAUAUUUUUAAAGUGAUGUAUUGAUGAAAUACAAAAAAAAACUGUAUUUUCCUUCAAGCUUGCUUGGUUGCCAAAAAUUCUUUCAUCAUUAUCGAGCUCUCAAAAGCAUCAUGGUUCACUUUGCUAUCCGCAUCUUGCACCCGGCCGCGUGGCGCAAUGGAUAACGCGUCUGCCUACGGAGCAGAAGAUUGCAGGUUCGAAUCCUGCCGUGGUCGAAACCUUUUUGCGUUAUACCUCGCCACACAAAGCUUCAUUAUUUUUUUCUGAGUUUCAAAGUUUGACAGCUUCUCUUUAUUUUUUAUUGUUUUGAAAUCAAAGUUCUGUUUGGAAAUUUGUUUAAUGCAAUUUGAUCUAUGUUUAUCUUUGCGAAUUUUUUUUUGACUUGGUGACCUACAACCAAUAAAAUCAUUCGAAAUGCCCAGAUGAUCACGAAUUAUCUUUUCCUCGCUUAUCAAUUCUUCGUUAUCAUUGGCCUCACUGUAGAGUAGCGUCCUUUUUUCAAAGUAGUGCGGAAGUUUUUUUUUUCGUCUGCAAAACACUCGUUCAAACCUAUAAUUAAUCUUUUCUCACAUAAAGCAUCAAUAUCCCGCCCACAUAUGGGAAGAAAUUGCUUAAAUAUCGAAAUAUUGUUCGAGAAGUCGUCUUGACAUGAAGGAAAACACGCGAAAUGUGGUCGCCAAGAAAUUUCGUGAGUUUUCUGAUUUUGUUUUUUUUGAGAAAAGCGUUUUUUUUUCAGCUCUGUUUCAUCCGUUAUCCAGGAGAUUUCACAUCAUUUUGUUGCUGAUGGUGAGGAUUUUGAAAAUUUCGAGGGACAUUCGUUGGAAAUCGCUUCUAUUGUUUUAUUUUUAAUUUUGGAACCUUUUUUCAGCUCGGAUUCAGCUGCACUUCUUUCAUGCGAAUGCACAUGGCCAUUACGAUGACCUGUAUGAUAAAUUCGACGGCUUUGGCCAUUGAUGACGUCAUCGAGACUAGGAAUCUUACUGUAGAAGAGGUAUACUGUUACUUCGCUUCAUUUAUCGAUAAUGCAAAGAAAAAUUUGGUUUUUAAAUUUGGAAGUUUUUUUGAACAGAAAAAGGUGUAUCUUGAUUAUAUCAAUGUUAUUUAAUAUUAUCAAAACUUCCAAAUUUCAGAUCGAAGCUGUUUCCAAUGGAGAGUGUGUAGCUGGCAGCAAUUCCAAACGCGUUGUUGUGGAUUACGGAGUUUUUCCAGAUUUAUUUUUCUUAAUAUUUCAGUCAAUCUAGGGUGAUCUCGUAUGGGACGCACAUUCUCAGAAUUUGAUAUUCUCCGGAACUUUUUGGGGCUCCAUUUUUACCGUUUUGCCUUCAAUGUUCAUCAUUCAACGAUUUCCGCCCAGGAUAGUCAUGCAGGUGGAAAUUUAGUGGUUUUUCGAGGUUUUGAAACCAAAAUUGAACUAGAUAACUUGAAAUAAAGGGUUCAAGGCUUCUGCUUCAAAAACUCCCCAAAAAAAAGUUCAAAUCUCCUCAAAAAACGCAAUUUUCAGGCGGCUGUAGGGAUGUACAUAAUUUCAACACUUUGCACCCCAUUUUUGGCCGAAAAUUUUGGUCCCUUUUCCGUUUUUCUCGCUCGAGUUUUUAUGGGUCUUGGAGAGGUGAGAAAAAUGUAGCUUCGAAAGAAUUCUGGCUUUUUUCAGGGCCUUGUAUUGCCUUCAAUCAAUGCGAUUGUUGCGAAUUGGUUUCCUAGUACGGAAAGGAGUACCGCUGUGUCGAUUUUCACAACUGGGAAUCAAUUGGCAGGUUUCUGGCUUGGUUUCAUUAUUUUUCAAGUCAAACUUUGUUAUUUUUUAAAAGUUAUUAGCCUUAAUAAAGAAGGAGAUGAUGUUGAAAACCCUAAGAAGGAAAAAAAAACGAGUUGCACGCAGAAUAGUUUGAAGCGUCGCGGCUGCGUUGCGGUUUUUUUUCCGUGACCUUAAACUGCUGUUUCUCUGCGCCCUCCUCGUCUCUCGGCGACCCUCCAAUGUUGACGUGUUAUUUUCAUUUUUCUCUGGCCUUGCCGGUGAGGGAACAGAGAGACGCAGACACUCGAGAACCGUCAAAUCGCGGUGAACUGACUAUGAAAUUUUAAUGUCUUGUGCUUUCAAGAGCAAGCCGUUUUUAGUCGGGUUUACUUUUUAAACGAAGUCGAGACCCUUCGAGCCAUUCUAAGCGUUUUUCAGGUGCUUAGGAGUAAAGGAAAAUUUUCGAUAAGUCUAACUUUCUAUAAUUUUUAAAGUUCAAUACGAAUCCAAAACUUUUGUACAGCUUUUCCCUUUUUUUUCUGAUAAAAAAGGGGGUCAAAACAGGACUGUUAAUACUGAAUCAAAAAUUUCAGCUCAUGAAGAAAUUUCCAACCAUAAAAUUUAAAAAAUUCAGCCGCGUUUGGCAAUCCAAUCGCCGCCUCUUUAUGCGCAUCUUCCCUUGGUUGGCCUUCAAUUUUCUACGUUGUCGGUUUGUUUUCAAGUUUUUUUUUUCUUUUUUUUUGAAACACUGUUUUUCCGUUCUAUUUUACAGGUAUAACAUCCACUAUAUGGUCCAUUCUGUGGUUCUUGACCUCCACAAAUCAACCAUCAAAAUGCAAAGUGAUGAAAAAAGCUGAAAGAGAGUACCUGGCACAGACAGUCGCCACGAGGAGCAGCAAAAAUCAGGUAUUUUUCAUUUUAUCUCAAGGAAAGGUGAGUUCUCUGUUUUAACCGUUAAAGCUGAAAAUAUAGCCGAUUCACGGCUAGCUUGUCACGCUAAGGGGGCGUGGCCUGUCUGCGCCCUCCACCCACCAGACACUAUCUCUUUCAUUAUCGUGUCAGGACCCACGAUGGCUCAAGCCAGCCGUAAAUCAACUAUUUAAGUACAAUGAUCUCUUACCCCCUUAGAAAGUUGAAGUGAAGAUCUUUUGGAAUUGUAUAUUGCCUUUUUCCUAUUUUCUACAGGUUUUACCGCCUUAUUGGGGUCUUUCUCAAACUUAACCUUUGGAAAUAAGUUUCUAUAUUUCCAGAGAUCUCAACGAGUUCCAUACCGGAAAAUCCUAUCGUCUCCGGCUUUCUUGGCCCAACUCCAGUGUCAUUUUGUUGUCAACGCCAAUUUGACUUUGUUCCAAAUUUAUUUGCCUUCUUAUUUGAAAGACGUCCUCCACUUGGGAAUCAUUGCGGUGGGUUUGGAGUUUUUGGAUUUAUUCGAUAAGAAAUAUUCGAAAGUCGGAGUUUUAGGGAAAUGUUAAAGGAAAGUUUAGGUUUUUAAAGUUUCUUUUUUGAACUAUUAUUUAUUUUUGAAUUGAAAAAUGACUAAAGUUUGUACAGAUUUCGGCAAAUUUUCAGGCCUUUUUUUACACCUUUUCCUUGGAUUUGGAAGUUUUUGAAAAAAAAAAGUUAUAGUCCGUCCACCGCGACUUGAAAGUUUUCGCGCGUCUGCGUCUCUCUGUUCCUUCACCGGCGAGGUCAGAGAAACGCGAAAAUAGCGCGUCAAUAAGAGAGGGUCGCCGAGAGACGAGGAGGGCGCAGAGAAGUCCUCUCAAGUCGCGAAAAACGGACUAUUUAUUGGAAAAUCUGGAUUUUUCAAAAAUUUUAGCUUCAAUAUGUGCCUAUUUCUUUUCAGAACGGUACCUUCACAGCUUUUCCAAACGCUCUGAAUUUCAUCUCAAAAAUCUUUUGGGGAAUCGGAAUCGAUCGGGCGAAAGAGAGAAAAAUGAUAAAAUCGACGGUGGCUGUCAAAUUAUCACAUGGAAUCGGUGACUUAUCAUAUAUUUCUUUUUUCAUGAUCGAAUAAUUUCUAGCAAGUUAUGGGGUCGCUUCUUCCCUGAUUGCUGUGGCUUAUCUCCUCGACUGCUCGAAUCCGACGACGGCUUUCUUUGUUUUCUGUUUCAUGUUGGUUUUUUGAAUGCACUCUUUCAAAUUGUCUGGCAAUUUGACUAGGAAUCCUACACCACAAAUUUAUUUAACUUUUUCAAUCUGAUCCUCAUUUCAAGGUACUCCACCAUGGGAACUUUCGUCAGCGGCUUCUACACCUCUCUAUUAUCUUUGGCCCCAAGGUAUACGGCCACAAUGUCUUCCAUGUCCGUUUUUGCGGCCAUGCUUGGCCGACUCUGCACUCCGGCCAUCGUUGAACUGAUCAAGAAACAUGUAAAUCAACUGAUUAUCCCAAAAAAAAAGACCUGAAAACCUCCAGGGAACCUUGGAAGAAUGGCAAGUUCUGUUCGUCUCAAUGUCCGUCAUGGCCUUCAUAUCUGGAACAAUCUUCAUUCUUUUCGGUUCUGGUAAAACAUAUCAACUAGAAAAUCUCUCAGUAAGACCAAUUUCCAGGUGAACAACAAGAAUGGGGAAUGGAGGACGAACCGAAAGAAUUGAAAAACUUGGAGCAAAGCCAACCUUUGGAAAAAUGUGCUGAUGAAACCUCCGAAACCUCCGAAGUUGAAAUUUUGAAACGAAGGAUACGAGAAGACUCAUUAUGUGUAUAAAGUAUAUACGAGUAUAACUUGAAUCGCAAUUACCCACAAUAAAAAUAUGUUGCUUAGCGUACUGUAACUUUCUUGGCUGUUGACACCUCGGCGCACAAGAAAUUUAUCGGUUUAUUUACGCGACACGUUUGAAACCCGUCUUUUUUCAUUUUUCUUUUUAUUUACGCAUCCACGUGCACUGGUGUAUUAUUAAAUAUUUUCCCGCAUCACUUGCGGAGUUUCAUUCAACAAGAGGCAGGUUCGUGUCCCGAGAAUACUUUUCUUUCCAAGCAAACUCGAUAUAAAUCUUAUUUCUCCUCGCCGCUGUUUUGUUUAAAGUUUGAUCCUUUUCAGUCCUUUCUGCCCUCAGUCCAUGUUUUCACCUCGAGCGGUUUUACGUUAUCUGGGAUUCUCUUGGACCGUUUGCUACGUUUCUUGCGUUCUCUUAGGCGCUCCGAUUUUUGCCGACACAACUGGAACGGCCAUUUUAAGUGCGGUUCUGGUCGCCUUCAUCGUUCUGCCGAUAGUUCUGCUCGAGAAGAGUGAAGAGCAUUUCGACGAGCUUGUGAUUGGUCGAAGGUUGGUUUUUAAAAUAGAAGAAUUAUAAUGAAAUAUGAAUAAUUGUAAACGAAAAAAAAAAAAUUUUUUAGCGUUGUUUUUCGAAUAAUCCGGAAGCUUUGCACGUUUUUUUCAUAUUUUCAAUUAUUUUUAAGGGUUUUCGCAACUUUGUUAGAGUUUUUGAACUCACACUUUUUGUCACCUGAUAGAACGAUUUAAAAAAAAUUUUCGAUGAGAUUUUUCACCUCGGUUAAACAAAAGUAAGCAGAAAUUAUUAUUUUCAUUAUUAUGUUUAUAUAAAUCUAUUUUCAUAACAGGCGAGAGUAAAGGUUAAAUCGUCGCAAAAAAGAACUAUUUCAAUUAUUUACUUUUUUUUAUUGUUCAAGUCUGAAGGAAAAAAAUCAGAUAUUUGUGCAGGACGGCGACAAACGCCGAACGCGUUGCGUUCUGCGUCGCGGUCGGAGCGAUCGGCGGCGCUUGGCUCGGCGCCUUCGUCAUCCCCUUGGACUGGGACCGCUGGUGGCAGGUUCGUAGGUCAAAUCACGUCAUGGAUGACGUCUUACAUGCCUCGUUCAAAAUGUCGGGAAACUCGAAAUGAUCCCUGAUUCUCCAACGUUUCUGUGAUAUUUUCUCUUCUCUAACGGUCACCCCAUAGUUAACGCGGUGUUUUAUCCUCGAAUAAACAUUAUUUCUUUAUAGCGCUAUCCUCUCCCGAACCUUGCUGGUAGCUGCGUCGGCGCCUUCUUUGGACUGCUCGCCGGCGUCGUUCAGUUGAUCUUCUCCAGGAAACCAACCAAAAUCAAUUAAUCAUGGUCCGCCGCAUGAAAUCGUUGGCCACCUUCGGCUCCGGUCCCUUUGCUACUGGCGACACCGAGGGUUCGUUUUCUGGGAAAGUUUGUUGAAUUUUGAGGGAAAGAAAUUUUUAGCUAGAAGGUAUAUAGCCUAUUCCGCGUCAGCUUGUCACGUUUUUCUUCCCGCCAAGAAGACCGUAUACCAAAUUAGAUCAAAUUCCUGUUUUUAUAACGGCAAGAAACAAAGGUCUUGAAGCGAAAGUUGGUUAAAUUUGACCUGGCCUUCUGGCGGAAAGAAAUACGUGACAAGCUAGCGCGGAGUGGCCUAUACUCUAUUCACCGCUAGCUUGGGGAAGAAACGAGGGGUCUGAUUUCUCAUUUUUUUGGGAUUUUUCUCCACUUUUCUUGUGAAAAAAAAACUAUCAAAAAGUGGCUAAACCAGAGGUAAAUUGAUUAUGAAAUUUUCUAUUCAAAAAUCAUUUUCGGAAUUUUUAAAGGAGCAUAGGGGCACUUUCAAAAAAAUGUCUCGAAGCGAAAAAGCUUUUUCGAGUCGCAUAUGAAAUCUGCGCCUUCAAUGGCAAAUUUUUUAGAAUUUUUUUUGUUGAGCGGGAAAAAAAAUUUCAUUUCAUACAGUUACAAAAAAAAGGCUUUUUUUCUGUUUAUCAAGAUUUUUAAUUUUUCUCUCAAUUCAGGUCGAUUCGGCCACUAUGACUACAACGACGUUCCCAAACUUCUCGCCAUUUUUUUCGCCGAAUUUGAUAAUAUUAGUGGUCCUGCUUUAAGAUUUCAGGUGAGAUCUUUUCCAAGAUCCUCGUUGAUUUUUCUUUGAAAAUGUUCAGUACCCAUCCCAACUCGUCACAAAAGAAGUCUUCCAAUGCUGCUCGGCGUCGAUUAUUCCCAAGGCGGAUCUUUGCAAUCGCUCCGUCAAGUGCAACCUUAAGGACUAUAAAAUUCUUGGAUAUCCGAUUGGAUUAGGUGGGAUUUUCUGAAAUAAGAACGAAAAGCUGGAAUGUUUUCAAAAUACUAGAAUUUGUUCGUCUAGUCCUUUCUUUUCUGGCAUGAAUUAUGGUCAAAUUUACCCGACUCCUAGGCGAAAUGAGAUGUUUCAUUAGCAAGAAACACAAAGUCAAACACGCGCCACCUUUUUUUCUUUUUUUUUCUGCUACGUUCAAAUUUUUCCAGAAGACUUUUUAAGCCUUAGUUUUCGAUCUAACGUUCUUUUUUCCAGCCUUUGUUUGAUCAUUUUCAGAAAUUUAUAGAAAAAGAAGAAAUCAAGAGAAAAAUAGCAGCAUUUGCGGCCUUGGAACACCUUUCAGACAAAUUAUAAGUCAUUUUGAAACAAAUAUAGCCAAUUCCGCGCGAGCUUUUCACGUUUUCCUUCCGCCAAAAAUACCCUAUACCAAAGUAGAUCAAAAUUGAGCGUCUUCGCUUCAAGACCACUGUUUUCUGCGGUCUUUUUAGCAACUUUGUAGAGCAAAAGUUUGUGUUUACGAUAGAUUUUUUUUUUUGUUCAUUCAAAAAAGAUCUCGCGAAAAAAAGGAGUGACUGCGAAAUGGCCGCUAAAAGGGUUCCGUUUUGCAGCUUUUAUUGAGUUUUUUUUUUUGAUGGGCUAAAAAGCCUCAUACACAGUCACUGGUAAAAAUAACUCUCAAUCAAAUAAAAUUUUCGUUUCAAAAGUGUCCAAAAAGGGUGGUUGAAGGCCGAUGAAAGGACGGAAGAAGGCAUUAAAAAGGAAACCGUAGCCACCCGUUUAGGAAAAAUUAAUGGAAGCCUUUUGAUCCAUAACGGACGCUCAAAGGACCCGUAAAGGGUUAUCUGGUUUUGCCUAUGAGUAGAUUUCCAAUGAAUUUCAAUUUUUUCCCGUGGUUGACCACGCCGAAAUCUACUUAUUUCGCUUCUCAAUGCGACCAUAAAUUCUAAAAGUCUUUCAUCAAGUAAUUCCAGAACACGGUUCCUAUGACCGAGGCUCGUAUUGCUGUAAUAUGUGUUUCGUGGUGGCUCGUGACUCGACGGCGGACAGUAUGUACGAGCCGAUCGUUCAGAAAUGCGCCGAGUACCUCAUCGAAAUCGAACAGGUCCCUUUUCAGCCCAUGUGAUACUUUGAAGAGCAUUGUUCAGAUUCGAUUUUUCUUUUUUCAAGGUGUUUGCAAAAGUAAAAUUAAAAUUUUCUGUCCUUCAAAAAAAAAUAUUAAUUUUGAAGAAAUGUUGCUCCACUGACAAUUUUCUUGCUUUAAAUUUCAAUUUUUGAUAGUGUUUGAUAGUGUUCUUUAGGAAAAAUAAUAAAAAGGUUCAAAUCGACUUUUUUGAAUAUGGAAAAUAUGUAGAGAAGGCAAAAAAAAUGUUGAAAAAUUGAGAAAAGGUAUCAAAUAUUGACGAAAAAGUCGAGUAGAAGUUUCAAGAAAGAAAAAAGUGUCGACUAGGUAGAUGAGUUUACUCUUUCAAAUUGUUGAUUUAACUAUUUCUUGAACAUUCUGUAAUUUGAUGAACGUGUUUCACUUGAUGAGGAUAGCUUUGCUAAAAUCAAAUUUCAGAUUUUCCCAAUCUUUAGAUUUUUUCAAAAAUAAAACUUUAACUUUCAUCUUAUUCCAGUUUUUUCGAAUUCGAACGUUUUUCCAGGAACACUGGUACCUGACGGACAAAAAUUUAAAAGCAGGCAUCCCGGAAAUUAUCAAAAGAAUGUACGAUAACCUGAGUACUAGAGGUUUUUCCACUAUUUUCUCUGAAAUUUGAAUAAAACUCCAGGAGAAUGCAUCAUUGACGUGCCUGACGUCAUCACCAUGUACUUCAAGCUUUGCCCUUCGUAUCGAGGAAUCGAACCGCCCGAUGUGAGUUGAUGCGCAGCGAAUUGGAGAUUGAUAAAGUUUAUUUCAGGUCAGCAUUUUCAUGGUUCCCAUGUUCAUUCGAGAAGUCAAAUUGACGAAUCAUGUUCUGGAACAAAUGGACGUCUUGUCACAGAAGGUUUCCGGCUGGGAAAAUGAUUUUUCGGACAUUUUUUGAAAUUUCAUAAGGUUCCCUAUAGGGUCAUGGGAAUAUUAUAAGAAAAUAUAUUGGAAACUUUUCAAAAUUAUGGUAAAAAUCAAAGGGGAGAGCGGUUUUUUGAGGUUUUUUUUUUCUCCGAGAUUCUGAAGUUUAAAGCGUUAUUUGGCUCAAAAUUUUUGCAGCGAACAUUUUCAUUUCCAGUAAUUACUGAAAAACGCUAGAGUGGCCCCUAUAGGGGCUCUUGAAGGCUCCCUUUUAAUGACCUCCUUAGCUUCCUCAGAAGCUUGUGAAAGUGGUCACUCUAGGGGAGCAUUCUAUUGGUCCCUAUGCGUUUUUUUAUCUUUCGAAUCAGGAUAAAAAUCAAGAGACCGCUAUAGGGACCACUUCACUUGAGCUCAAGGGUCGGAUCCCCAUUCCCUCUAGUGACCCCUCGAAUUUCAGCACCCUAAAAAACAUUAUUUAGUCCCCAAUAGGGACUGUUUUUUCCUCUCUAGGGACUUAAGAAUUAUUCAUCGAUUUCAUUGAGAAGUUUUUUAUUUUUAGAGGUCUAUAUUCGAAAUUUAGCACUGUAGAAUUACACACAACAAUUUUUUUAUCUCUCGAUUUUUCCAUAGAGUUUUCAUGAAGUUGAAGACUGAUUUUUUUGAAGAUUAUCCCAAUGAUUGAUGGAAUUCGAACUGGAAAAGAAAUCGCCAACGAGGUCGGCCUCGAUCCCGAUUUAGUCGCCCGAUGUGUGAGGUACCCUUUUUUUAAAUGUUAGAUGGUUUCAAUGUUUUGGGCCGUAUUCAAAGUCGUUUUCGAGUUUGUGAACUUGAUAGUUCUACUACUCGAAGAAAAAUUUCUUUUUGUUGCCUUUUUCAGAAUUUUUCCAAGCUUUUCGUGAGGCUUAUAAUUUUUCAAAAAUUAUACCUAUUUUUUAACAUUUUUUUGAAGAUUUGUCUAGAAUUUUUUUUUGGAAUAAGGUUACAGAAAAAAAUAACUGAACUGGAAAAAAAGAGCCUUAAAAAGUUAUUUCGUUUAAUUCUCACUUAAAUAGCUUCAUAAAAAAAUCUUUCGAAAAAAAAAUUUUUUUGAUCUUAUUUCUCUGAAAUUUAACGAAGAACCAGUUUCUUUCCGAAAUAAAAUAAUAAAAAAAUAAAAAUUAUUCCAGAAACUUGCAUUUCUACGAAUGUGUCAGUCUGGUCCCAAUGUUCCUCUAUUCGAAUACCUAUGUCGCGACUGAACGAAUCCACGAUUUUUACCUCAAUCCUACUGAGCAAGAGGUUUUUUUCACUAUUCAGAUUUUUCGACUACAGUACCCUUUCGAGUCGAUCAAUUAUCACGCAAGUUGAGAGAAUAAUCGAAAAUUUGUCUCGCUAUUAAAGGAUCAUAACCUUUUACGAUUAAAAAAAUCGACACGAAAAGUUACUGUAGCGGAGUUAGCUGAUUGGCAUUAAGAAUCUGAACGGACUAUAUAUUCAGUGAUUCUAGGAAUGUAUGGAGUUUGUUCGCUUGCCAGAGGAUCCCGACGAGCCCCUGGCCAUCGAACCCAAGUUUUCCGACGUCUUCCGGUUAUACUUGAGCAUGAGGGUUGGUUCUGAUUCAUUUUUUGGUUCUACAAUAAGUCAAGAAUCAUUCAGGCUCCUUUGAAGUUUUCAUAAUGACCAAAUGAGUGUUUUGAGUCCUGGAAAGGGAAAAUAACCUCAGAACUGUCAAAAAAUUUCAAAUUUGCGAGUAUUCGACGAGAAAAUAUUGAUUUUUUAACACCCUGUUUGUAGCGAGAACAAGAUAUACAAAAUUGUGAUUUAUUUUUCAAGUUGCAUCGGGAUUAGAACUGUUUGAGAAGACUGCAAGACCGAUCAGUUCGAGUGAUGGUCAAUAUUCGGAAAAAAAAACAAAAUCAGAUAAAUUAAAAAUUUUAUUCAAAUCAUGGGGCCGUCCCAGUGCGCGUUGUGGGCGCUUCGAGUCAAACCCUGUCUCAUCAGCAGUCCUGAUUCAAAACCUGAAUCACACCCAUAGUCAAUUUUUAUUAUUUUUUCACUUUUAUUGGUUUAAUGGAAUUUUUUCACAACUAUAAAAAGUUGAAAGAUCUUGAAAAACUGUUAAAAAAGGAGAAAAAAUGGUGGUUUGUGUUUGACUUCCAGUUUCCCGCCAAAAAGCCGCGUCGCGUACGCAGCGCGUCACUCUUGCCAAUCUCCUCGUUCAAGCCGAAAAGGAUUGACUAUAUUUAUGCGAAAUAUUGUGAUAAAUGAAAUAUCAAGUUUUGUAGUGCGGAAUGAUGUUGAGCGAGUGGGUGAUGGCGAUGAGACCGAGGGACCUGGGAAUAGAUGAACACCGUCUCGUCCAGUUCGGAAUGCACCAUCAGUUCCUCCGGAAACUGUCCAUCUACCCCGUCUGCAAGGUCGCCAGCAACCAUAACAAGUGGGUUUUUAUCCAUUUCGCCGUCUGCAUGGUUUCUUGUUAUAACUCAUCCCUUCCGUAUGUUGUUUGUCUCCUUAAGCUUUUCCUUAAGCUUCACCGACAAGAAGAACAAGCCGGUGGAACGAGCCAAAGGGUGGAACGACCGACGGUGCUCCAGCUACGGAUGACUCCUUUUUAGGAGCUUUUUUCUUCGUUUUUCCCUAGUCUUCAGUCUCUUCUCAAUUUUUAGAAAUCCUUUUGACUUGAAAAGUUUUAUAAGAACUAAGGGAUUUUGAAGAGGUCCCUUUAGGGUUUCGUUGCUUUAGGGCCCAGUAUAGGAGCAUUUUUACGGUCCCUUUAGGGCUCUCUGAGCUGUCCAUUGAAAUUAUAAAGCUUUAGAACCUUAAUGAGUUCCACCUCAAAGUCCCUUAGUAACUCGGUUUUCUUUGAAAAAUCGCUCAAUUAAACCAGGAGCCAGGAAAAAAAAAGAUACCAAUAGGUGUCCUGAUUCGCUGGAGCACACUUGUCGUAAAUGAAUUAUAAAAAUUAGUUUUCUGGUUAUUUUUUUUUGCAAAAAAAGCUUUGUUUUGAGUUUUUUCCACUCUUUUAGAGUCUGCUAUAGCUUCUAUCGCCAUUUAAAGCCUCUAUUUUACAAUUUCAGUGUUUUUCAACGUAGUUGAACUUUUUUUUCUUGUUUUAACAUCAUUAUGACAGAUUUUUGAUAAUGUGAUUGUUUUGUUUGUUCAAUUAACCUAACAUUCCAUGUUGGAUUUUCUUCGAAACUGUUUAUGAAUAAAUGUGUGUUUUUAUCUUUUAUCAUUUUUUUUUGUGGGUGUCUGUUGAGAAUACCUAAUAUUUUGCACUCUAUGCUCCCGAUUUACAGGAUCUUCGCCCUGUGCAACGGCAAAAAGCCGCUGGAAGAGCUCGCCCUGGAGCACAACCUUGAGCCGGAAGUGAUGUACGACCUGCUCAAGGAGACCAACAACUUUGAGUUCAUCAUGAAAUAA